UUUUAUUUCCAUCCCAUUCCACAAUCCACACAAAAAACGAUGAAACUUUUAUUUCUCUUCAUCUUUCUCCUCCUCUCGCUUCUCAAUCAACAACACUGCUCCGUCGUCAACACCCUGUCUCGCUCACCUACAUCACGUUCCAUUCUCUCUCUUCCUCCUCCCAAGGCAGCAACUACAGCACUGGUUGCUGCACUAGAUGGAACCAUGUAUUUGGUGGCCAGCCAGGAGAAUGGUGCCGUGAGGGUAAUAUGGUCAUUCUCUACAGGAUCACCGAUCUACAGUUCGUAUCAAGCUCCAAUCAAUAAGGACCGUGGUAAAACAAAUACAUCUUCAGCACCAACUAGUGGGUUCGUGGAGUGUGGGGAUGAUUGGUCUUUGUACAUGCACGACAAGAUCCUCGGUAAAAUGAGAUUGUCAGAAUCUAUUGGAGAAUUUGUACAUCGUGCACCUAUCAUUUCAGAUGACGGAACUGCUAUAUUUGGAUACAAAGAAGACAGUCUGUUUGAAGUUGAAGCUAAAACUGGGUCGAUCAUUCAAAUUCACGCUAAAUCUGAUCCUGGUAAUGCUUCUGCACCUCUGAGAGAUGACAGGCUGAGUGCUAAAAAUAUCAUCACUGAAGAUAAUAAGGAUCUUGCUGAUCCUAAGAAGCUAAAUUCAUCACAGCCGCUGCUCAUGCUUUUUAGGAAAGAUUAUACUCUGAAGUCUGUUAACACCAGCUCGAAAAUAGUAUUGUGGAAUUUGACAGUAACUGAAUUUGAAGCUGUAUUAUUAUGCCAACACACUACAGUUGAUGUAGAGGAUGAAAUUCCUUCUGACAGGGGCCUCAAUUUUGCGAUGCCUUACCCAUGUCAAGAGAUGCAAAACGUCUUUCGCCUGAAAAAGAAUUUUCUGUUAGAACCUUUAAUCACUGAAAGUUUACCUGGGCCUUUUUAUGGUUAUGAUGGUAUUAUCACAUUUCUUCCUACGCCUUUGCCAUAUUCUAUGCCUUAUCUGCAACAAAAUAAUGAUAAGGCAUAUAAACUCCCUCAGCCUCUCAUUGAGAUUACUUCACCAGGUGAUGUUUAUUUGAACAAGAGUGGAUGGUCAACUCCAUUACAUCUUAUAGUGCUUACGGUCUUUCUUCUGGUGUCGGGCUUUUCAGUCAUCUGCUUUCUUACGGUGAAGGUGGUUAAGAAUCAAGAUAUACCAAAGGACCAAAACAGAGAGUAUGAAUUGAAAAGUUCACCUGCAAAGAGAAAGAAGAGAAAGAAAAUGCACAAGUCAGGAAAGAACAGCGACACUAUUGAUAAAAUGGAAAACUAUCUUUCUUCAGAAGAUGAAGACGCACUGACACGAAACGAUACUAAUAGAGAAGAAUGGGAGAACUUUAAUCAAGUUGAUGAAGGUUUUGAUGGACGGAAAAUUGGUAAAUUAUUCGUUUCAAAUGAAGAGAUUGCUAAGGGAAGCAAUGGUACAAUUGUACUGGACGGAAGAUAUGAAGGUCGACCAGUUGCAGUUAAGCGUCUUGUCAAAGCUCAUCACAAGGUAGCCUAUAAAGAAAUCCGAAACCUCAUUGUGUCUGACCGUCAUCCAAACAUUGUCCGAUGGCAUGGGGUGGAGUAUGAUCAAGAUUUUAUUUACCUUGCACUGGAACGUUGUACUUGCAACUUGGAUGAUUUGAUAAAGGGCCAAAUGGAGACAGGGAAGGAUAAUACGCAAUAUCUUUGGAAAGAAAAUGGCUAUCCAUCAGCUCUAUUGCUGAAAUUGAUGAGGGAUAUUGUUUCCGGGGUUGUUCAUUUGCAUGAUCUAGGAAUAAUACAUCGAGAUUUGAAACCCCAAAAUGUUCUAAUAAACAACGAAAGAUCCUUAUGUGCAAAGCUUUCUGACAUGGGCAUUAGCAAACUUCUUCUUGAAAAUAUGUCCUCUUUGGGUCAUAAUGCUACUGGUGGGGGAAGUUCUGGUUGGCAAGCCCCAGAGCAGCUUGAUCAAGGGCGCCAAACACGGGCGGUUGAUAUGUUCAGUUUAGGAUGUAUUCUUUUUUUCUGUAUGACUCGAGGAAGACAUCCAUUCGGACAACAUAUUGAACGUGAUAUCAAUAUCGUGAAAAAUAAAAAAAAUCUUUGCUUAGUGCAAUUCAUUCCGGAAGCUGAGGAUCUUAUUAGUUGUUUAUUAAACCAUGACCCUGAUCUAAGGCCAAAAGCAAUUGAAGUAUUGCACCAUCCUUUUUUCUGGAGUUCCGAGACGAGACUUUCAUUUUUACGUGACACCAGUGAUAGGGUGGAACUGGAAGAUAAAAAUCUUAGUUCUGGUCUUUUGAGGGCGUUAGAAAGCAUUGCCACAACAGCCUUAGGCGGUAAAUGGGAUGAAAAUAUGGAACCAGCUUUCAUUGCUAACAUUAGUCGUUACCGGCGUUAUAAGUUUAACAGUGUUCGAGACUUGUUGCGGGUUAUGAGAAACAAGCUAAAUCAUUAUGGAGAAUUGCCUCAAGAAAUCCAGGAACUAGUUGGACCUGUUCCUGAAGGAUUCAAUGACUACUUUGCAAACCGAUUCCCAAGACUCUUGAUUGAAGUUUAUAAUGUUAUAUGCAAGCAUUGCAAGGAGGAAGAGUGUUUUCAAAGGUAUUUUAAAAAUGAUUUAUUGCAUUGACUUAUUGUAUGGCCUGAAAAUAGAUCAUAUGGGGAAGACCGGUUGCAGUAUGGAGCAGAAUAGCAAAUUAUGUCAAUAUUUUAUUAUAAAAAAAACAAUGAUAUGUGUAUAUGUAUGUAUAUAUGGUCCCUGAUCAAUCUAAUUUGCGCCUAGAUUUCGUUUUUUCACCAAUUUAUCACAAUUGAGUAGAAAUAUAUUUCUGACUUCGUAUCAUGCUAUCAUGAACUGUUGAUAUUCAAAUGUAAUCUCUAGCAUUAGAAGGUUUUAGUAUAUAAACUGAAUAUGUCAAUUUAUAACGCAAAGCCAAGUUAAGACACUCAAGCAAUCAUUUUGAUUUGCUCUUUACCC